AAGAGUACCAAUGGGCCCAAUAGUAUUCAGGUUAAUGCUUAGAAGGCAUGGAUUCCCUGGGCGAUGCUAUAAACAAAAUUGGGCCAGGAGCCGAGAACGUGAACGAGUUUUUUUUCCUACAGGUUCAAGUGAGUCUCACUGCUAAACCCUCAUCAGUUAUUAUCAUCAUAGAAAAAAAAGGAAGCUGAAGCAGAAUGGCUGGCGCUUUGUUGGAACUUGAAGCUGAUCUCAGGUCCAGAAAGCAAUUGACCCCACAAGAGGACGAUAUUGUUCAAAGCUACAAGUUUCAAGCAGUGGAUCAGUUUAUGGCUGGUAUAAUUGCUGGAGGUGGUCUUGUCUGGGCAGCAACAUGGAAGCUGCAUUGGUUACUUCGGAUAAACCUUUCAGGCGGAGCUGCCUCAAUUCUUGGACUUUUGAGAUUUGAUAGAUCACUAUAUUCGAGCGUUGACCAUAUUCUUGCGUUAGAUGGAACUCGGAUGCAGAGAGAAUUAGCAAAUAUAAUAGUGAAGAAAUAUUGGCAUGAUCCUUUGAAGAUGCAACUUAUCUCUAAACAUUUUUAUGUGGAGGAAGUAUUUGAUGAUUCAUCAUCAUCAGGGCCAAGGUUAAGAUGGCGUUAUCGAAAUUUCUUUAAUGAUAAUAUCAAUCAGGAUCAAGGAACUCAUGAUAAUUCUCAGGACGUGUCCCAUAAUGACAUCCCCAGUGAUAUCCACAAUAACUCUUACAGAAAAAGGACUGAUUUAAGGUCUGAGCAAAUUCCUGUUAAGUGCACUGAGUUUCUUCCAAACUGUCACAACAUUUUUGCAUUGUUAUAAUGAAGUUGUUUAAGAAGGUGCAUUUAGAUGUAGAACAUAGACUUCUAGACAUAUUUUCUUAGCCACUAGCCCAAGACGACGAAAAAAUGGGCUCGUUUCUUUUGUUUUGCUUCCUAGUUAUAGUAUUCAAAGCCAAUAUUUUGUGAUUAUUCUGUAUAUGCUUAAUCAGUAUUUGACAGGUUUUCCAACUGCCUUGU